AAAAUAUUAUGAAUGAUUGAGAAAGUAUUUUUACAUAAUUUUUUGUAUUUUUUUAUAGAUAAAUUUUUGUUAUUUGUUUAGACUAAAAUGUAACGUUAAUACGCUUAAUGUAACGCCUUGUAUCUAAGUUUGUACAUUCUUAUUGAUCUAUUGAAUUAUAUAAUAUUUGUAGAAAUAAUGACAGGCUUGUAGAAAAUGUGCGGAAACAUGUCGGGGCUAGAUCUUGCUCUUCAUAUGAAGAUGACUGAGCCUGAGUACUACCAUAGUAUGGUUAAGAUGCACCUCUCCUUCCUACUCGACCUUCACACUGACGAGUGUGAUUGCAGCUUCCUUUACGAGAAACAGGAAAAGGAAUCCACUCUGCUAAAAGCAUUUACUCCCAUGAAGAAGAAAUCCACGAAAGGAGUAAUGGACGGAAUACCUCUAACACAGGAAGGAGUUUGUCAGGUGUAUCAGAUAAUAGAAUACCUUGGCCGCUCACACAAUAUCACGUCGGAGGGACUUUUCAGGAAACAUGGAAACCUUAAGAAACAACAAGCAUUGAAGGAACGACUUAACAAGGGUGUACCCCUGAACCUGGAUGAAGACGAGUUCUCUGUACAUGAAUGUGCUGGUGUACUAAAGAACUUCCUAGCUAACCUUCCUGAACCUCUUCUUACUGAUGCAUACUAUAGAGCACACUGUCAGAUACCUCUUCUCUGCCGGGAAACCAUGUCUGAAGAGGAUCGUCAAGCAGGAUUUGAUCGUCAGAUAUCUUCUCUUCAACUUCUGUUCCAGCUCAUUCCAGAGGUAAAUUACACUCUUCUGAAAGAUCUAUUGACCUUCCUUCACGCAGUUUCUCUAAGACAAGAUUCAAAUAAGAUGAAUGCUGGGAACCUAGGAACCGUGUUCUCUACUCAUAUUCUUUGCCCCCGGAAACUUGCUCCUGAAUCCUUACAGUCGAACCAUCAGUUGUUCAGUCGGGCAGUCACAUUUAUGAUAGAAAACGCUGAACGUUUGUUUACCAUCCCUGAGCAGCUUAUUCUUGACGUUGAAAACUAUCUUAAGAAGAAGAAUUCUGUCUUCCAAACUCCGAAAGCAAAGACCCGAAGGAAUCCAGUGACUGCAACGCCUAAAGUAGAAUCCCCUGUGGUCAAUACAGUCUUCAGUUUUGUAGACAGGGAGGCAAGCAAACCAACGGCCAACGCCACAGAUCAAGCUCUAGCUGCGUUGUAUGCCCAUGUUCAAAGCAUGCCUGCUUCUGCACAGAAGAGAAAACUUGUGACCAAGUUGAACCAAGCUAACGGAAAAGGAACCCCCGAAGUGUCCACGUCUGGUUCUGUUCGAACAGUCGGCCGCCGACAGCGGAAAUCUGGUGAUGGAUUGAUCAAUCUUCUGACACCGCGCCGGAAACGACCGGCCACCGGCAGCUACACGUUUCGGCAGCCGGAAACUAAGCUCGAACAGCAACACAGUUUCCGACGACAAACUUCCUUACAAACACCUCAGAUCUCUGAAAGAGAAAAGGUUUUGUCUCCGAGUCGAUCAAGUCCUGGUUUACUUAUCUCCGGUAGGACGAGUCCUGAUCCUCCAGAUGUUAGAGGACGAACUGUUUUAUCUCCUGGUCUUCUCUCACCUAGGCCCAGGUUGGCUAGCCCCCAAGAGACCCCUGUGAGUCAAGUAUCUGAUGUGUGUGCUGUGGACGAGGUGGAUACUCCGGGCAAAUAUAGUCAAGAGGACCUAGAUGAGUCCCUACCUAGCUGCACAGGAGAACAUGAUGGAAGUUUUAUAGUUCCUCCACUUCCUCCCCGUACACCAGCACCUGCUGUAGAGUCCCCCAUCACCAGGGCCUCCACGAGGCUGUCCUCGAAGCAGCUGGAGGAAGCUAUGACACCGAGGUCUCGUGCUCCGGUUCUAGUUUGCUCUACUUCUCAACUAGAUCGCUGGGAUGCGCUUAUUUCAAGAUCUCCGUGUUUACCUGAAAACUACAACGAGGAUGAACCAGAGACAGAUACAUCAACUGAUCAGGAAUCUGACCGCUACUUUGCCAGCCUGGAGUGUGAGAGUGAAGGAGAUGAACUUGAGGUUGGGUUUAAAGGAGGGAAGAGUGGAUGUAGAACCAGAUCAUUAAGUUCAGAUUUUAAACAAUAUCUUGCUAAUCAGGGUCUUCAGGUGCCUAGUGAUACUUCGAGUCUUGAGGAUUCUGUCCUCACGGAUUCUGAGUUUAACCAGUCAUAUAGUAGUGACGUGAGACGCUUACUUCAAGAAGGAGAGAAAUUAUCAACUUCAAUGCAGGCUGUACUUGAUGGUUCUAACCCUGACCUAUUGGACGACAAUGAACCAGUAAACAAGUCUCCUCGUCUCUCCUUGUCCAGACCCAUCUCGUCCUCCAGUCCUACACCAGGCUGUAGUCCGUCCUACUCCAGGACCUCGUCCACAUCUACCAUCAAGGCAGUAGAUCAAUCUAUCCAGGAGUCGGGUGAAGUAGAUGAGAAUAUUGAUCCUAACCUCCGGGUUCCAAAACGGGGUCGGAAAAGACGAUCUUUAACUGAACUUGGAGCUAAAAACCCUCUCGGAGCUAACAAUCAAGAUAUUCAAGUAGUGAACGGAAGGAAUAAUGUAUAAUAUACUGUAGACAUCAUGAUUAUGUUAAAAACCUGCAUUUUUGAAAUAUUGAUUCAUAUAUCUUCAUUUGCAAAUCUAUCCAAUUUGUUUUUCUGUAAAAAAAACCUGAGCUGGGAACUUUAGAGUGGUGGAUAUCGAGAUCAAUGUCCCACUCUGAUUAUCUGUUCAAGUUAUGACGAGCAUAUUAUUUAUGCUGAUAUCAAACUGACUGGGCUUGGCAAGUGAUCUCAAACUGAUUAUCGAUCGAUCAAUGAUUGAUCAAUGAUCGAUCAAUGAUUGAUCAAUCUUGUAAAUGUAAAUACUAUAAACAUGAAUUCUGAUUACUCUUAUAAAUGGUGAAGACAUAUCAUAUAGAUAUGUUGACCCACAAUUAUUAUUAUUAUCAGUUAUAUUUGUUAAGGAUAAUGAUAAUUAAUUUCAGAA